AUGAACAAUGUAAUUAUUAGAUACCUAUUCUAUUUUUUUAUUCUCCUAUUCCAUAGUAAUAAAAUUUAUUCAUCAUCUUCUAUAAUUCUUUAUCCAUCAUUUCAACGUAUUUUUGAUCAAUUAUUAUAUAAUUCAACAUUACCUCAAUGUACAGAAUUAAUAUGUAAUCAAACUGAAACACAAGCAAAUUUUUCUCAUAUAAAAUUAUCUAAUGAAAAUUUAUUAAACUUAUCAUUAUAUAAUAAAUUAAAUAAAAAAAAUAAUGGACCAUAUCUUAUAACAUCAACUGGUAUUUAUCGUGGUAGACGACUUGAAUAUCAUAAUCGUUAUAUUGAUCAAUUUCUUGGUAUUUAUUAUGGUGAAUUACCUGAAACUUUAAAAAAACCAAUUAAAAAACGUUUUAAUUAUUCAAUACAAAAUGCAACUAAAUUUAGUCCAUCUUGUAUGCAAUCAUUAUCAAUGACAAAAAAUCUUUCAUAUGGUUCAUUUGUUAUGCAACAUGAUUUUAAUGAAAAUUGUCUUUCAUUAAAUAUCUAUCGAGCUGAUAUACGUUAUGGAGAAAAACCUAAAGCUAUUAUGUUAUUUUCUCAUGGAGGAUCAAAUCAAUUAGGUAGUGGAUCAUUAUUUGAUGGAAGUAUAUUAGCUAGUGAAGGUGAUAUUAUUGUUAUAACAAUGAAUUUUCGUCUUAAUUAUCAUGGAUUUUUAUCAAGUGGAGAUGGUCGAGUCAAAGGUAACUAUGGUCUUUGGGAUCAACUAUUAGCAGUCGAAUGGAUUUAUGAAAAUGCACAUUUAUUUGGUGGUGAUCGAGAUCGAAUAGUUCUAACCGGUCAUUCAGCAGGUGCUGGAAAUGUUAUGUUAAUACCUGCAAGUCAUCAUUCUCGUGGUAUGAUACGACGUGUUAUAUCACAAUCGGGUACCGGUUUAGCACCAUGGAGUAUAAAUCAUAAUCCAAUGAAAACACUUAAACGUUUUUCAGAAGAUUAUUGUUGUAAACGUUCAAAUGAAAAUGAAAUGAUUAAUUGUAUUUAUAACUUAUUAGAAAAAAGUGAUCGAGAUAUUUAUCAUCUUCAUAUAAGUCUUAAUAUUGCUGAUGAUAAUCCAUAUCCUGUUAUUGAUAAUGAUUUUAUAAAUGAUACAAUUGAAAAUAUUUUAAAAAGUGAUAUUUAUAAAAAUAUUGAUUUUUUAACAGGUGUUACAUUAAAUGAAGGUCUUUAUUUUGCUGAAUAUCAUAUAAAAAAUUUUUAUAAUGAACGUCAAAAUCCAUCAUAUUUAAUAAAUAGAUCUUCUUUAAAUAAAAAAUGUCCAAAUAUUUAUUCAAAUUUAACUACUAUAAAACCAUCAAGUAUAGUAUUUAAAGGAAAUCCAACAAUACAAAUAGAAUCUAAUAAUAAUGAAAAAGAUAAUUUAAUGAGUAUUGAACGACGAAUAGAUAUUGAACAAGCAUCAACUAAUGAGUUAGAUGUGUAUCUUAAAAAUUUUGUUCAAUUAAAUUAUAUUGAACAAUAUAUUUAUGCAAAUUUUCGACAUGGAAAAUGUUUUAUUAAUGAUGUCAAAAAGAAAUAUAAAUUACCAGCUCAAAAUAAUAUAACAAAUCAAUUAAGUCUUUUUAUUGAUCUUGUUUCGGAUUUAAUGUUUAAUUUUCAUAUGGUUCUUUGUUUAAAUUUACUUUCUAAUAUACCAAUUAGAAAUGCAUCAAAUUAUGCAUAUAUUUAUUCACAUCGACCAACAUCGAAAGUACUUAGUGGAUAUCGUGAUCAACUUAAAUUAUUACCAGAAGCUAUUGGACAUUUUGCUGAAUUAGAUUAUGUUUUUGGUGUACCAUUAGGACGUAAUUAUUCUCGUAUACAUCGAAAUGUGAAUAUGAAUUUUUAUAAUUAUUCAACUGAUGAAGAAAAUUUUAGUCGACAAUUAAUUCGUUAUUGGUCAAAUUUUAUUAAAACUGGAGAUCCAAAUAAAGGUUCAUCUUCUAUGGAUGAAUCUAAUAUUGAAUGGAAACCAUAUACAAAUAAUGAACAUAAUUAUUUAUAUUUUGGUUUAAAUUCUAUUCAAAAUGAACUUAAUUAUUUUGAUAAAAUGUAUCAAUUUUGGCUUCGAUGUUUUCGUAUUGAAUCUAAAGGUGGUUGUCGAAAGAAAAAAUUUAUAAAACAUUUAAUAUUAUUUAUGACUUCAUUAAUUUUUCUAUCAAUUCUUCUAAUGAUGUAUUUUCUUUGGAAAUAUUGUCAAAAGAAAAAACCAGGACAUUUAUUUUCACAUCGCUCACCAACAGCUUUAUACCCAUAUCCUAAUCAUGUAUUAGCAUAA